AUGGCACAAGUGUGUGAUAUUGGAAGAAGGGAACACGCUGAGAAGCUUAUGAAAUAUCAGAACACCCGAGGAGGAAGGGUGAAGCUGCACUCUAUUCUGAUGCCUCCUCCUGAGUUUGACAACAACGAAAAAGGUGAUGCGUUGCAUGCAAUGGAGCUAGCGCUUUCAUUGGAAAAGUUGGUGAAUGAGAAGCUCCUGAACCUGUAUGCUGUAGCUGAUAAGAACAAUGAUGCUGAACUACAAGAUUUUGUUGAGAGAGAGUUCUUGGAGGAGCAGAGCAAGAGCGGUGUUAUAAUGUUAUCCUUCAGUGACAUUAGCACUAGUGAUGUUAACUUUUACGAAAAUAAUGAAAUCAUCCGGAAGCAACUGGAUGGAUUUCUGUACCCAAAAAGACAGAAAAUUGACUAA